UAUUUCAAUUAUUUCAAUUCGGAGUAACCAGGAGUAACCGAGCAAAAAAUUCGGGUUUUUAAGGGAAAAGAAGCAUAAAUCUCCUUAGAAAUUAGUCAUAAAAAUGUUUUAAGAUUUUUAAUUGAUGUGAGUGUCGAUAUUUUAACGUUUGGAACCGAAAAGUGUCAAUUUGGAAGUGCGCUUGACUAUUGCAAACCUCCCAUCUAUUUUCAGUCCUAGGUACCUACGGCAUCGCAAAUCAUUCAGACUAAAAAAUAUUACUCGUUAAUUUUACGAAAUUUAGUAAAAGUGAAGUGUGACGGAUAAAUUGUUGGACUCGUUUAUCGUGAGAAAAAUGUGCAAACAAAAACUGAAUGUGUAAAAAUCGUUAUUUUCGAGUAAUUUUGUUCAGCAAUAACCAGCUGAUGGCGGGUGAAAAUACGGGAAUGGCUUGGCAGUUGAGUGAUCAUACAUUGGAAGAUUUUUAGAGUGAUUUUUAUCACGAUAAUUGUAUAUAUUAGCCACUGAGGGAGAAUACAAUCGAUUUAAGAUUAACGAAAUAAUUUCUUUAGAAUCGAACCAGUUGAUAAUUGGGCGUGCUCUGAAGUAUAAGUAUAAGCACACACCUUGUGGCUUGUCAUUGAUAUUUAGCAACCAUUCAUAAAUUCUGGACUAUAAAUACCCUCAAAUGAUGCGUUUGAAAUUCUGUACAAUUUGACGAAAAUUCGAAGUAGUGAAAUGCAGAGUGAUCUUAUACUAACCCCUUUGUAAAUAGUGUGUUUGCUUGUCUUGUUAUUUUUGUUACUACUGAAGGUUUCUAUUAGCCACAAUGUCGGCGACGACAUUCGUCGAUAGAAUUGAUCCUUUUGCCAAAAGAUCACUCAAAAAGAAGACCAAAAAGUCACAAGGCAGUUCCAGAUACAGGAACUCCCAAGAUGUUGAACUUCAACCCCUACCUCUUCUUAAAGAUGUACCAGCAUCUGAACAAGAAGAACUGUUCAUACGUAAACUUAGACAGUGCUGUGUAGCAUUUGAUUUUAUGGAUCCAGUGGCGGAUCUAAAGGGCAAAGAGGUGAAAAGAUGUACCUUGAAUGAAUUGGUGGAUUAUAUAACUGGAGGACGGGGUGUUCUUACUGAGCCUGUUUAUCCAGAAAUUAUUAAAAUGAUAUCUGCAAACCUAUUUCGAACAUUACCUCCAAGUGAAAAUCCUGACUUUGAUCCGGAAGAAGAUGAUCCUACAUUGGAAGCGAGCUGGCCUCAUCUCCAAUUGGUUUAUGAAUUUUUUCUAAGAUUCUUAGAGAGUUCAGACUUUCAACCGACAAUAGGUAAACGUGUGAUUGACCAGAAAUUUGUUCUGCAGCUGCUAGAAUUGUUUGAUUCAGAAGAUCCGAGGGAGCGAGAUUUUCUUAAGACAGUAUUGCAUCGUAUAUAUGGGAAAUUUUUAGGCCUUCGAGCCUUCAUUCGAAAACAAAUUAAUAAUAUAUUUUUGAGGUUUGUGUAUGAGACUGAACAUUUUAACGGAGUUGGUGAACUUUUAGAAAUCUUAGGUUCCAUAAUAAAUGGGUUUGCGUUACCGCUAAAAGUUGAACACAAGCAGUUCCUGGUAAAGGUACUAAUACCUUUACAUAAGGUUAAGUGCCUGUCACUCUAUCACGCGCAGCUAGCCUAUUGUGUUGUACAAUUCUUAGAAAAAGACCCGAGCUUGACGGAACCUGUCGUUAGAGGCCUUCUCAAAUAUUGGCCCAAGACUUGUAGUCAAAAAGAAGUGAUGUUUUUGGGAGAGAUUGAGGAAGUCCUAGACGUUAUUGAACCAUCCCAGUUUUUGCGCAUUCAGGAACCGCUGUUUAGGCAAAUAUCUAAAUGUGUUUCCAGUCCACAUUUCCAAGUGGCAGAGAGAGCUUUAUACUUCUGGAACAACGAGUAUAUUAUGUCUCUGAUGGAAGAAAAUAACCGUGUUAUAAUGCCAAUUAUGUUCCCAGCAUUGUAUCGUAUAUCCAAAGAACACUGGAACCAGACUAUAGUCGCACUUGUAUACAAUGUUCUUAAAACAUUUAUGGAAAUGAACUCUAAACUUUUUGAUGAACUUACAGUCAGUUACAAAGCUGAAAGGCAAAAGGAAAAGAAACGAGAGAAAGAACGAGAUGAACUUUGGAAGAAAUUAGCAGAGCUUGAGAUAUCACAUAAUAAAACCACGCCUGCACAACUUAAUAGCCCAUCCAACAAAAAGUGAUAAUAUAAUAACAGCCUAAUUAACCCUGCCCCUUGUUAAUUGUUUGCUGGUAAGAUAUCAUGUCCCAUUGUCCCAUUUGAAAUUAUCAUCAUAGAACCUACUAAAUAGCGGCAAAUAUUGAAUGGAGAUUUGUUGCAGCUGAAAUUUUUGUCAACCUGUUGCAUGCAUUGAAAGAAAAAGACAUUGAUUUCGUAUAAUCUAAUAGACAGAUUUAAAGUAGAAAUUUCGGUGUGGCGGCAUAUUUCAUUGUGCAUUGUGUCCAACAGUCGAAAGAAGAAGAAUAUGGAGCAAUUGGAUGUGUGUAGUUACAAAGAAAGUACGUGAAUGUACUUUUAAGAUGUUUCUGAAGUUGUUGAACGAGACGGACUAUCCUAAUAAUACGCUAUAAAAAUAAUACAUUAAAAAAAUCUGUAAAUAGCCAUGAAGCAUACCGUGGUUACAGCUUGUGUUACAAUUGUGGUUGGUUGCUUCUAGAUUUAUUUCUAUUGUCGCAAAGAAAGUUUAUUUUGUCUGUAAAUUCCUUUAAAAUACCAUUAUUGUCGGUAAUUAAGCAAAAGCUACUACACUCGCUUAGCUAAAAACUGACUUUGACAUUAGAUAAUAAUAAUAAUAUAUUGUAUCUUUCUUUUUUGUUAAUUUUAUUAUACUUCAGCUUUGUAUUUAUUCUUUUAAAUUUCUAUCUACAGGAUGUUUUAUUAAUAAUUGGAAAUAUUUUGUCUGUAUGUUUUUGGGCUCAAAAUAUUAAGAUUUAACCCAAAUCACUUCAAUAAAAUGUGGCUCCCUACUGAGUUACAGGGUGUUUUAUUUAAAAAUUUAAAAACUUUUUGUACCCAGUACUUUAAAACCAUUUGACAUAUAUCCUUGCCAUACUUGUUAGCAAGUGUAGGUACUGUACACCUGCUAAAUUAUCUUAAACAAACGUUUCUGGCUACUACCAGAGGCGUAUGAUGGGGGAAAGUGAAUGGUUGACCCUUCCCAAAUUCUACGCCACUGGCGGAAUUGCUAUUUUAGUGUAAUUUUUGAAUUCUCCAAUACUUUCUAUAUAAAUAAUAUACGUAACUAUAAAGUCAUUAGUUUUCGAGAUAUUUGAAGUUAAAAAUAAAACUGCACAGUUAUUUUGAUUAUUGUAUUAUACCUCUUCGUUUUUAACUUCAAAUAUAUCUAAAACUAAUGAUUUUAUCGUUAUGAAUGAAGAGUAUAUUAUUUACAUAGAUAGUAUUGGAGAAUCUAAAAAUUGUGCAAAAAUAGCAGUUCCGUUAUUGGCGCCGAAUUUGCGAAGGGUCAACCAUUCACUUUCCCCUGUCGUAUGACUCCGGCAGUAGCCAGAAAUGAAUAUUUAACAUAAUCAUUACAUAAUUUAGUAGCGUGUACAGUACCUACACUUUCUGCCAAGUAUGACACGGAUUUGUCAAAUAGUUCUAAAGUAUUAUUUUUUUAAAUAAUUUAUUUUUUAUUUAAAAUUUAAAGAACUAUUGGUACCUGGUACUUUAUAAUCCGUUUGAAAAUUAUUGUUGAUAGCACAGGUCAUACAAUACAAAUGACCUGCGUCGCAAAAACUGUGCUAUCAAUCAUUUUCAAACGGAGUGUAAAACUAUUAGACAUAUCCUUAUCAUACUUGGCAGAAAGUGUAGGUACUGUACACCCUACUAAAUUAUGCUACAUAAUCAUUUCUGGCUACUACCAGAGGCGUACGACACGGGAUAGUGAAUGGUCGACCCUUUCCAAAUUCUACGCCACUGACGAAACUGCUGUUUUAGCAUAAUUUUUAGAUUCUACAAUACUUUCUAUGUAAAUAAUAUACUCUUCAUUCGUGACGAUAAAAUCUUUAGUUUUAAAGAUAAUUGAAGUUAAAAACGAAGAAGCAUAAUAAAUUAAUCAAAAUAACUGUGCCGUUUCAUUUUUAACUUCAGAUAUUUCGAAAACUAAUGACUUUAUCGUUACGAACGAAGAGUUUAUUAUUUACAUACAAAGUGUUGAAGAAUCGAAAAAUUGCACUAAAAUAGCAAUUCCGCCAGAGGCGUAGAAUUUGGGAAGGGUCAACAAACGACUUUCGCCCGUCGUACGUCUCUGGUAGUAGACAUAAACAUUUGUUUAACAUAUUUUAGUAAGACGUACAGUACCUACACUUCAUGAUAAGUAAAACAAGGAUAUGUCAAACUGUUUUAAAGUACUGAAUACAAAUAGUUUUUCAAUUUUUAAGUAAAACACCCUGUAACUCAGUAAUUAGUGACAUUUUAUUUAAGUGAUUUGGGUUAAAUUUUAAUAUUUUGUGCCCAAUAAUCUACUAUACAGAUAUUUCCAAUUAUUAAUGAAACACCCUGUAUCAUAAAAUCUACUUUAUUUUCAGUUAAACUAUUAUAUAAUAUUAUAAUAAUAAAUUGUAAUAUAUAAUUCCUAAUAAUACAGUUUAAAUUAUUUCCAUAAAUUUUUUGAAAACAAUCUCCUUAAUCAUAAUAAAACUGAACAAUAAAUAAUUUAUAACUUUCCACGGUUCAGCAAUUGACCAAACCCACCUUUAUCAUCCCCGAUUAUUCUGUUGAACUGUAAGAGCCCGUUCACAUGACAGGAGCUUAACGCGCGAUUACAACUACAUACAUUUUACUUGACACCGUUCACAUGCUAACGCGCGUUUUAAGUCAUUAAAAGGCACGUUAGCAUGUGAACCGUCUCGAGUAAAAUGUAUGUAGUUGUAAGCGCGCGUUAAGUGCCUGUCAUGUGAACGGGCUCUAGCUGUUUAAUUUUACGCUCAUGACGUAUAUGCAUGUUUUUUAUAUCAAGUUAAAGCUUUUCUUUAAUAUGAUGAUAUAAGGCUGCCUGUAAAAAAACGCGAGGUAUCAAAGAUAAAGUGAAAGAGAGCUAGCGCGCAACGCCGCUGGUUUGACAAGGAUGGCGAGGGCCAGUUGUGUGAGGUGUAAAGCCAUUGCGCACGCGCUGGUAGAUAGGGUUUUCAAGCAACGGCACAAACAGUAGUAGGAACGACUUUACAGAUACUUACUCCAAAGAUAAAGCAUUUAUGUUAAAAUAAAACAUCUACUAAUCAAAUUAAAAUACAAAAAGAAUAUCUACAAAGUAGAGAAUUUUGGUUAUUUAUAUGACAAAAAAUAUAUAAGCAGACUAUAUUUGAAAAAAAUAUUUGUUUUUAUUGGAGCUCUUUGAUACAAUUACAAAUAACAAAGCCAUUAAAUAUUAGUCCAGAAACAGAGAACAGCGUAUUUUAAAUAAAUAAAAAUUAAAAAGUCGCUGAAUAACUAAUACCAUCCAAAUUACAUUUUCGUAUUAAAGCCUUAUACCGAGGAUUCCUCGGUAUCCUCGCUGUCACCGCAGCUGUUACUAUCAUCGUCACGAAUAUCAGACUCAACAUCCUUGUCAAACGACUGGCGUUGCGUGCUAGCUCUCUUUCACUUACAUUAUGUAGAUUGGGUUGCAUAAUUCACAGUGUGCAUUAUAAUUUUUAUUUACUAAUGUCAAAGUCAUUUUAUAAUGCUUCAUUGUAAAGAACCUUAAAACAACAAAAAAUUAAAUAUGCGAAGUACUUUUCAAUAAAUAUCUAAAUCUUUGUUUAUUGUAAGUUGUUGGACUAGUGGUAAUUCUUAAUGUAGCUUAAGAGGGGUUAAUGUCCAUAGUAUAAAAAUAUUUCUGUUAUCAAAAUUAUCAGAAAAACCAUUAAAAGUUUUCUGACUGAA